UCCGCCUCGAGACAGAGAUCAGCUGCAAACACACACGUAGUAGUAGGCGGAGGCGCCACACGCACGCAGGGAAAUCCGCAUCAGCUGGAGCCACACACAGUUAGCUUAGCUAGCCUUUUAGCUACAACCUCGAACGAUCAUAAAUAAGACGCAAUACUUAGCUAUGUGCAAUCGAACAUAGUACAGGAGUGUAUUUUUUUUUUUACGGCAAGGAAAUUGGAAAAAUAGCCUCCAACACACGAACAGACUCGAGGGGUUACAGCUGAAGAUAUACUAACGUUACGUAGCUAGGUAGCUAAAGCAUGGAAUACUUCAUGAUGCCUACGGAGAAGGCUUUACAACAAUUCAAGAAAUCGGAGAAGGAUGUUAUUGGAGGGCUUUGUAGUCUGGCCAACAUCCCGCUCAGCCCGGAGACUGCUCAGGACCAGGAGAGGCGUAUCCGCCGGGAGAUCGCAAAUAGUAACGAGCGGCGCCGAAUGCAGAGCAUCAACGCAGGGUUCCAGUCGCUGAAAACACUCCUGCCACACACAGACGGCGAGAAACUCAGCAAGGCUGCCAUCCUACAGCAGACGUCAGACUACAUCUUUGCUCUGGAGCAAGAGAAGACCCAGCUACUGCAGCAGAACAACCAGCUCAAACGCUUCAUACAGGAGUUCAGUGGUUCCUCCCCAAAGAGGAGGCGUGGGGCGGAGGAGAAGGAUGAAGGGAUCGGCUCCCCGGACAUUCUGGAGGAGGAGAAAGCCGAGGAGCUGAGGAGAGAGAUGUUGGAGCUCAGACAACAGUUGGACAAGGAGCGCUCGGCGAGGAUGAUACUAGAGGAACAGGUGCGUUCUCUGGACAUGGUGCUGCACCCAGAGAGGCUGAAGGUGAUCACCCAGCAGGUCCAGGAGGAGCAGGCUCACAUCCAGACCCAGACCUUACUGAGGCUACAGCAGCUCCAUGCAGAGACCAGUGCAGAGAGGGACAGACACGCAGCACACAGCCCACAGGUGCGGUCCCCAGCCCCAACUCACCACCCCACGGUCAUCGUCCCCGCCCCCACGCUGACCCCGCACCACGUCACCGUGGUUACCAUGAGCCCCGCCUCCAACACCAGCACAGUGUCAACGUCCCGGCAGAACCUGGAUACCAUCGUACAGGCCAUCCAGCACAUCGAACGUACCCAGGAGAGGAGGGGCAGUGCUGAGGAGGAGAGAAGACGAGCAGUCAUCGUCAGCCCUGCCCACGUCUCCAUGGAUACCACCGGCUCUGACACGGCCUCCGACAGUGAGGGAGAGGAGGACUGCUCCAUGAACUAAAACAGCAGAGAUACACACACACAUACCGUGUUCUCUAUACAGUUUCAGACAGCAUGAGCCAAGACUGCUCAAUGAACUGUUAGCUACCACACAACCAAUAUAUAUAUAUAUAUAUAUACACACACACACACACAACCAAUACAUACUGUAUAUACACACACAACGUGUUCUCUCCAGACAGUUUGACAGCAAGGGAGAGGACUGCUGAUGAACUGUUCGCUGCACACACACACACACACACACACACCGAUACAAACACCACCCAGACAGCAUCUGACUGGUAGAGCGAAACAAUGACAUUUGUUCUACUAAAAUCCAAAUUCAAUCAUAAGCAGCCAGUGACAAAUGGAACACACACACGUUAGAGAUCCCCCCCACUGUAAGAGACCAUCACAAAGAUUCCCUCCAGACGCCUGACUACUUUUGAUAGAAAAUGUUUCUUUUUUUGAACCUGUCUUUGGCAUUAUAAUGACUAUGGAGUCAGCCAGUAGGUAUGAUAAGCUCUGUUCAGAUCGUUUAAAUCACAGAUGAAGAAGUUGGCUCAAUAUGGCAGUCUAUCAUAAAGGGCUUUCCAGACAAAGCUGCAGUGGAAUUCUUUUCAGGAGGCGCGAUCGGCGUUGCUCGUACACGUGAAGGCUGCUCAGCCGAGGCCGAGAAAAUGGGUAUCUGCUCUAUUUUUGCAACCUUGCUCCGCCCGAUCACUUCCUGUCUGGAAAGUCUUUAAGCAAUAGACAGCGAUAGGUUGGCUCUGGCAGAAUACAACACAGCUGGUACUUAGCUGGAUCCCAUCAAUCACAUGUAUGAAUGAACGUUCCAGAAUAAGCUGUGUCACUCGCUCUGUUAGGGUUACAUAGAAGCAAGCAGUGGACCAUUCUCUUAACGUUUCAAAGUUGUUUUCCAUAUUUCUAUAAAAAGUUUUCCUAAGUGUCGGGUUUACUAAGAAGAGGACAGUUUCCAAUUAGGUCUCUUUUAAUUUUGUUUUUUUCAGUGACUAUGCACUAAACGCUUUUUAGGUAUUUAUGCAAUUCCAAGCUACAGUAAAUUAGUUUUAUAGGUGGGGUAGUGUUGAAUAUUAGGCAAAGUGUUUUUGUUUUUUUAAGUACCCCUUUACCCAAAUAUUGAAGUCUAUGCACCUCCCAACAAGAGAACAUAACAUGCAUACGGUAUAGACGGGCUGGUUGUCUAGCAACAAAACCAAUGCGCUCGCAGCUAUGGGGCAAAACAGACAGACAGGAUUGGCUAAAUUAUAUUUUGUCUCUAAAUGUUUAUUGAAAACAUAAAUACACUUCUCUCAAAUACAUUGUUACAAUUGUUGGUUAGCUAGCAAGUGAAUUUGAGCCAUAGUCAAAACACCUCAAAACAAGACAUGGCUCUGAAACGAGCCACCUACGAUUCCCCACAAGGCAGCUUCUAGGCAUUGUUGCAAGCUAUCUGACUGUUCAGAAUCAUAACACCACACGGCCACAUCGUGUGCAUCAUUUUCGUGAAAUGCUCAGCCAACCCGUCUAUGUCAACUGGUGUCUACAGUCCUAACACACAUGUAACUACAUGCAUUUAAGAAUGUAGUCUUUUUCUCUGAUGGUGCUAACAGGGAUCGUAUGCCCUCUGAGACCCCCAACUUUUACCAUUCGAUUUUGAAACCCCCUCGGGGCAUAUCCUAACCCGACGGGUAGCGCUCGACUCCUACACAAGCACUGAACUAGAAAUAUGCCCCAGUCCCUUGCCCCUCGUACCCCUCCAUGUUGUCAGUUUGUUUUGGGAACGGGACUGGAAUCCCUGUUAUUUCUCUGGAAGCCUGGAGUUUCUCACUCACUUCCUAUGAUAUGAUGCUAAGGGUCAGGAGUUUUUCCUGAACCAUGUUUAAGGCUACAACUAGGGCCAUGAGUUUUCCUGUACAGAUCUCGUGAUCAGGGAAGAACAGGAGUUUCUAGGAAUGCUGAAUCUGAAAUKAUGCUGUAUAAACAUUCCAUUUAUUUUGACUUUA